AUGUCCAGCAAGUACCAGAAACGAAAAGAAAGAGAAAACAGAAGCAAAGACGUUCUUCAGUUAUUGUGCGGAUUUACAUUUAUUACCACCUGUACUGGUGUCCAUUUGAGAAAUGUCAUAUCUGACGCAUCGUCCAGACACAGGUUUGAACCGCCAAAACCGAGCUUACCAGACAGGAAAGGUAACGACCUAAAGGCAUCAACGACCCAUAUCGAAACUAAAGGAACUAAUUCCGAUAAAGAUGCUGCUAUAGCACUGCCACUUGUAGAGGCGCGAGAAUCAGAUGCGCAAGGCCAUGAUGUUGAAAAGGAACAUUUACAACAUCAUGUUGUAAAUGAUGAACCAAACGGUGAUAUUCACUCAAAGACGAACGAGUUGGCACUUCAUGGCAAGCUUAACACCGGUGCUGAAACAGGUACUGUAGAUUCUACAGGCGAAAGAGAAAAGAAAGCGCCAGGAACUAAUCAUGAAAAUACCGCAGAUGAAACAGAAAACAAAGGGUCUGGAACUAACGGUGAAACAAUUGGAGAAACAGAGCCUGAACAGGUGACACAAGACGAGACACCAGAGGGUAAGCCUCGCCCUAAACCAUUCAAGAAGGUUGAAAUGAACGGAUAUGUGUACUAUUAUUAUGAGGAUGGGGCAUUUGAUCAAAGUGAUGUCAUUGACGGCACAGCAGUAUCGGAUGACCAAUAUUAUUGGGACGAAGCAUCUGAGACUACACCUGAAGGUAGUUCCACAGAAGCUGGUAAGUCAGAAGAACAAAAGACACAUCCUUUGGUAGAUGGUGAAUCUGUAAGCCACCAGCAAUUAGGAAUUUCGGGGACAGACGACCAUGUAGAUCUUGCAAAUACAGAAGCAGAUACCGAGCAUAAUGAUAUGAAUGGAAACAUCCAUGCCACACGAACUACCCAGUCGAACACAGACGGAAUCACCCAAACAACUCAUGAAAACGUGAAUAACAAGGCGCAUGUAGAAUCCAAAAGUGAAAACAUUUCACAGCAAGAAAAUCAUGACACCGUGAAUGACAAUAAACACCAAAAUAUCAGAAGCAUAGACGAAAGUAAACACAUAACAAUCAAUGAACAUUCCCCGGGUACAAUAAACAAUCCGGGCCAAAAUGAUUUCCAACAUGUAGAUACUUCUAUUAAGAACGACCCGGAAGAUACACAACCGAACCAUGCUACAGGUCAAACAUUUGCUCAGCUUGGAAUCAACAAUCAGGGGAAUGGCAACAGCAACAGUGUCGAUAAUAAUAACGACUUCAGUCAAGCCGUAGAUACAUCUCAUGUUGAUAAUAACAUCCCUACUCAUGGAGGCACACAGUUUCUUGGCAAUAAGAACAACGAUUUCAGCCACGUUGUUGAUACAUCCGAUGCUGAUAAAGAUUCCCCUUCACAUGGAGACACACAGUUUCUUGGAAAUAAGAAUACUUUAAAAGAACCUGAUCAAAACACAGAAACACACCGAUAG